GAUUUCUUCGGCCAACUUUCCUCCGAGGGGUAGGAGCAGCAGCAGCCUGCAGCCGCGCACCGCCGAUCUGCCGCUCGGGUCUCUGGUGAGCAAGGCUAUCAUCCGAGCGGGAUCAUGGAAUAAACAUGGCCCACAACAGAAGCUUUUUCUUUGAAGGCAUCUUGCACAGACCUGCCAACUUGGGUAAAGCUAGAGUAACAAGGCUGAUUUGAAAGCAGGUUCCAGGUGCUAUGAAAUUUAGACGAUUGUGGAAAAAAAGGGAUAUCGGUAUUAUCCAACCAAUAUCACCACACGUGCUUUGACUGUAUAAUCGUUACCUGAAAGAUUCACCCUGGAUAGAUCAGAGACCAGGCGAGAUGGAGGGUACAAGCACAACUGGAGCUUUUCUCUUUCUGGUGACAGUGAAGAGGAAAGGAGACAUGAUGCGAGUGUGGUGAGCAUGGAGGAGAUGGACAGGCAGCAGCCGACCUCCCCCGAGGAGAAAAAGUCUCCCACCCUCAGGCACUUCACUUCCUCUGAUCCCUUGAGAACGUAUGAAAACCGGCCAAAUAAUCACAUGAGGCCUCUGAACAGGCUGGGACCCAAAAAGCUCAGCGAGGUCCCUCUCUCAGUAGCAACGUCCUCCCCCAUGCCCAACAGAACCAAUUAUUUCAUCAUCAGUCCCGCACCUCCGCAAGGAAUCGUCUUACAAGGGCGACACUUUCAGCACGCGCAGAUGCCCUCUGCGAUAAGGAAACCAGUGCAAAGAAAUGACUUCUCCACCACACAGCAAGCUGUAGAAGUGGACAGCAUUGUCCUCACCUGUCCAGAGAUCCCAGAAGAGGAGGCCCUGAACAUCAAACGUCGCGUCCAGCAGAAGAGGAAACCGUUGGAGGGCUGCUGUAGUUUUCCUUCGCAGGUCAAAGCAACAGAGCCUCUCCGGCCGACCAUCUAUCAGUCAGUGUGCGUGAAGUGCAACAAGCCGAGCGAGGACAGCGGCGAGUGUCAGAACUGUGGGAACAGUCCGACGCUGCUGCCCUGUCAGCAGGCCACGCUGUCGUCCCCGACCCCCCGACCCCCCAUCAGAUCUCAGCCCUCCCCCGGACCAAACAGCCUGCCUCAGAACUUCUACAAACCGGCCACCACCAUGAGGGCGCCCCGCGGGGAGACUGUGCCGAUACGAAUCACGAGCACCAGAGGAACCCUGCUGCCGCUGAACAAUGGCAGGUCCCCACUGUUGGCCGGGACAUCGAGCUGCUGCAGAGCCAGGAACCCCCCCAAAGGGAAAAGGACGACGGCAGCCCAGCAGCACGAGCUCAACGACCCCAUCGUCCUGUCCAGCGAUGACGAAGAGGAGGCCGACAACGCCAGCACGGGGAGCGUCAGCAGGCUGGACAGCGUGUCCCCUCGACCCGCAGACUCGGCACACUCCUCGCCGGCGCCCUCCGGAGGCAGAGUGGAGGCGGCGGUGAAGAGCGCCGGAGAUCAGGAGGAGAUGAAUACCGAGUUCUUCGAAGACGUCAACAUGAAGAUCACGAUACCGCGGAGAGCUCGGAUGAAAGAUCAGUUUGGAAAUCAACCCCCCGAACAGUUUUCGCCGAGGACAAAGAAGCCCAAAAUCAUGUCCAAUAAGUGUGACAGCAUCAUCCUGGAGUGUCGGAGCGUAAGAGUAGGAACUCUACGCAGGAUGGUGACGAAACCCGUCGUCUUUUCCAUCGACCACAUCCAGCUGGAAACUGAAGGUCCGGAGCGCGACAGCAUCGAGAAGGUUUGUCUUCAGGCGUCGGAGCUGAUCAGCUGCGAGUGGUGCAGCGUCCGAAAGCUUCCCGUCCUGUUCUUCCAGACGUCUCCGGAGGAGUGCAACCGCCUGCGCUCGCAGCUCAACAUGUCCAAGGAGAAGGGAGGGCAGUGGUACGACUGCGCUGGGGACCAGUCGGACGAGAAGUACAUCGUUCUGAUCUUCGAGAACGGCCUGGCGAUGAAGGAGCAGAUGAUCCUGGAGGACAUCCUGGGCGAGAUCGGCAGGACCAACAGCCUCAGCAACUUCCCCGCCAAGCUGCCCUUCGAAGAGGCCAACAUCCGACUGGUCAACUACAACAAGGCAACGAAGCAGAAGGAGGAGAAGGCAAAGCCGAUACAAAGUCCCCCCAAAAUGAGCCAGGGCAGCCCGGCCGGCAAGGUCCCUCAUGCCACGCAGGUCGCGCCGGUGACGCCCGUCACGAUGCCCGUACGUACGCGGAUGGCCACCCGCCAGCAGACCAGCGCCUACUUUGAAGAUGAAGACGAGGACAUGACCGACCUCCAGCCCACCUUCUCCGGACCAAUCGUCAAAUUAAUGGUGUAUCCUCCUCCUCCAGCCAAAGGUGGCAUUUCCGUAACUAAUGAAGACCUCCACUGCCUUAAUGAUGGAGAAUUCCUAAACGACGUUAUCAUAGACUUUUAUUUAAAAUAUUUAGUUUUAGAGAAAUUGAAAAAAGAAGAUGCACAAAGAAUCCACGUGUUCAGUUCCUUCUUCUACAAGAGGCUGAACCAGAGAGAGCGGAGGAACGUUCCAGACACAGCAAACCUGCCAAUCCAGAAAAGGAAGCACAACAGGGUAAAGACGUGGACUCGGCAUGUGGAUCUGUUCCAGAAGGACUUCAUUUUUGUUCCCAUCAACGAGUCAGCUCACUGGUACCUGGCGGUCAUCUGCUUCCCGGGCCUCGAGGGUCCUGUGUACGAGCAGAACCCGCUGUACCACGGCCCGCUGCCAGCCUCCGCCUUGGCCGCAGAUCCCACGUCAGAGGAGAACAUCCCGGACCACUGUCGUCCUCUGUCCCCGGACAGAGACGGGCUGGACAGCUCCUCGGAGCAGCCGUCCCCCGCCGUCCCCGAGGCGUCUGGAGACGGUCAGCCCGACGCCGACGCUGCCAAGGAGAACUCUGCCUUCGCGGAUGGCGGACAAGAGCCUUCCGGUACUCCCACAACGUCCAGCAACGGCCAGGCCGACGCCGAGCGACAGUACACGAGCGAGUUGCACAGAAUCAGUGUUUGUUACAGUUCGAGAAAAGGAGACGACGACACCUACACCUUCUCGGACGACCAGAGCUCCUGUCAGGUACUGGGCUCUCUGUGCCCUCUCAUCUGUCUGCUCGUUACGCUGAUGGACGAGUGCAGUGAGGACGGGACCCUGGCCGAAGACACGCUCAGCUCUGACGCCUCCGGUUUGGCCUCCAAACCCAACCUCUGCAAACAGCCUUGCAUUCUCAUCAUGGACUCCCUGCGCGGUCCGGCCAGGUCGACGGUGGUGAAAACUCUGAGAGAGUACCUGGAGGUGGAGUGGGAGGUGCGUAAAGGGACUCAGCGGAGUUUCGGGAAGGACGUGAUGAGGGGCUCCAGCCCGCGUGUGCCUCAGCAGGAUAACUUCAGCGACUGUGGAGUUUACAUCCUGCAGUAUGUGGAGAGCUUCUUCGAGAAUCCGAUUCCCACUUUUCAUCUGCCGGUGAACCUGUCCGAGUGGUUUCCUCAGCAGCGGAUGAAGACGAAGCGCGAGGAGAUCAAGGAGCUGAUCCUGAAGAUUCAGGCUCAACAAGAACUGGACAGGGAGGAGCCCGACCAGGCCGAGGCUCCGCCCGGCUCGCCGGAGGAUCCCGAGAUCGAAGAGACUUCUGGGUCCGCGGGCCCGCCGCCAAACUUACCCAUCAGCCCCUGAAAUGACCCCACCCUCCUCCUCCUCAUCCUCACCCUCCUCCUCCUCAUCC